AAUGCACCCUAAUUUGCAGCUCUGCCCCAGUGUAUCACCAACGAGGAAUGUUCUGAGGAAACCACCUGCAUCGACCUCGUAUGUGAGGACCCCUGUUUGACUCUGUGCACAGGCAACUCCACUUGCAAGGUUCACGAUCAUGUACCUUACUGCUCCUGCAAACCAGGCUACGCAGGCGACCCCUUCACAGGGUGCAGAGAGUCCAUUACAGCACCUCCCCAGUGCAUAACUAACAGUGACUGCCCAGAAGACAGGGUCUGUGUCGGGAAAAGGUGCAAGGAUCCAUGCCUCCUAGGAGUCUGUGACAAGAACUCCACCUGCCCACGUCUUCUACCACAUCCCCUAUUGCUCCUGUCACCCAGGCUUCUAUGGUGACUCCUUCUCCAAGUGUACCCGUCAAUAUCCUGAAGGAAGUUCGCUACCAUCUCCUGGAGCUAAAAAACGUUACAAAUUGGAAACUGCCAAGGCCAACUGGAUCGGAGCAUUAGUUCGGUGUAUGAAACAAGGUGGUCGCCUAGCUUCGAUCUCUUCUAAGGAAGAGAAUGAUCAAAUUAAGGAAUUGAUAAGAAGAAAUGUGUUGGAUGAGCAGGUAUGGCUCUCAGGAACAGACUACCCCACGGGGGAGUGGGUAUGGACGAGCUUGGGGACACCAGUGACUCUGACGGACUGGCACAAUCUGCAGCCCGACAACCACAAGAGCCGUCCUGAGGGGGAACACUGCAUGACAUUCUGGAACAACAACGGCAUCCUGCGCUGGAACGACAGGAACUGUCUGGAUGAGCUGCACUCGGUCUGCGAGUACUCUGAGCCUGAUCAUUACGCUGUGAACUGGAAAAUUAAUGACAGUGUUUGAUCUUGAUACAGUACGAAUUAUAUUUAUUUCAAAGUAAUAAAUGUAUUGAAUUUUUAA